GUGGGCCGUGGGCAGGGCGAGCCCCCAGCCCGGGUGCUGGGAGCUGUCAGUGUCAAGCUCAGGAGAGAGGAAGUGAUCGCUCCGGGAGGAGCGCUAGCCUAGCCGCGCAGCGUGAGACAGCACAUCCUGCUGGCGCGGGCCCGCUGCUCACCGUCCUCCCGCGCCUCCUCCACCACCCCAGUGAGCCUCCGCAGACAGCAUCCAGGAAGCAAAUAUGUCUGACAAGAGCGACCUAAAAGCCGAGCUGGAGCGCAAAAAGCAGCGCUUGGCGCAGAUAAGAGAGGAAAAGAAACGGAAGGAAGAGGAGAGGAAAAAGAAAGAGGCAGAUAUGCAGCAGAAGAAAGAGCCCGUUCCAGAUGACUCCGAUCUGGACCGCAAACGACGAGAGACAGAAGCUUUGCUUCAGAGCAUCGGCAUAUCGCCGGAGCCCCCUCUAGUCCCAACCCCUAUGUCUCCCUCUUCGAAAUCAGUGAGCACUCCCAGUGAAGCUGGAAGCCAAGACGAUCUGGGGCCAUUAACAAGGACCCUGCAGUGGGACACAGACCCCUCAGUGCUCCAGCUGCAGUCAGACUCAGAACUUGGGAGAAGACUGAACAAGCUGGGCGUGUCAAAGGUUACCCAGGUGGAUUUCCUGCCUAGGGAGGUGGUGUCCUACUCCAAGGAGACGCAGACUCCUCUUGCAACUCAUCAGUCGGAAGGUAAGGGAUGGCUCUGCUCUCUGUAAAUGUUUGUGAAACUGCCAGUCCCUCAGGUCUUCACAGGAUAAAACCAGAGUGACAUUCCUGAAAGCCAAAGAUGCCUUUGGUUCUGAGUUAGAAGAAGGCUCUGCUGAGGGAAUUCUUUCC